AUGAUGAAAACAACAUUGAGUAUAACUCUCGUAUUUUCACUGAAUCUGAUUGCUUUACACAAAACCUUUGCUAUGCCGGUCAAUGAUUGGGAAGAAGAUUUAUUCACAACAGAUUCUAUUGUUUUUACAGAUUCCACCAGUACCGAAGAAGAAAAUGUAUCGAAUAUUACAAUCGAUGCAAAUGGAACUAAUAUGACUGAUAUAGAUAUAACAACGGUUUCGUCUAUUGAGAACAUUACUGAAACUAAUAAUUCAAGUGAAGGCAUUACGUAUGAAAUCACAACGCCAAUAUCAAAUCAACCAGAAUCGAGUGAUAGAAUUAAAUUUCAAGUUGUUAUCAACCCGGCUACAAUUGAAGUACAACGUGGACAAACUUAUGAACUUAUCUGUAGUGUUUAUGGUGCUGAUGCAAGUACACUUAUUUAUUGGAUUCAGGAAGAACCAGAACGACGUUAUGCUCUUACCGAUACAGAUGAUAAAUAUAUCACAGGAUCGCAGGUAUUAUUACGAACACGUAUUACUCUGGAUGAUCCGAGUAAAAUUGGAAAAUAUACAUGUAUGGCGCAAAAUGUAGGAGGAAGUAGUGAUUCCGCUCUUCUUACUAUGCAUGAACAAACUAAUUUUCACUACGAUUAUCCAAGACCAGAAAGCACACCAGAUGUGUAUCGUGCUGCGCAAGAUUUAAGAAUAACUGCACCGGAGGUAGUUGAUGGAGACUACGUGGAGAUUCAAUGUGAAAAUGCAGCAUCGGAAGAUGAAGGAAAAAUUCAGUGGUAUUUUAACAAUCGACUUCUUCAUGAUGAGGCUCCACUUUAUCCACGUGGAAAAACUCUUCAUAUUCGUCCUAUUUCAAGAUCUUACUUGGGAAACUAUCGUUGUUCAAUUCCUGAAUCGAACUAUAGAGAUGCAAAUAGUAUCAUUGAAUUUCGAGAACAACCAUCUCGUCAUGACGUUCAACCAGUAUUUUAUCCAUCAACUCCAUUAUCCAUUGAAGAAGGUGCCAAUCAAUUGAUUCAAGCGCCUGCUGGCUAUUAUCGUGCGUAUUGGACACGUCAAGAUGGUCAGAAUCUACCAUCAAAUAUUUAUCAACGAGGCAAUGAUUUACAAAUUACGAACGCGCGUUCAGAUCAUUCAGGAACUUAUUAUUGUGAAUUAUACAAUGUUGAUGGUACACGUACGACUAUUCCUUAUGAAAUUCGUAUUCAACGUAGUUAUACACAUCAUUCAUUCGAUAAUCAUCUACCAAAAAUAACUAUUCGUCCGCAAUCUAUUAAUUUAAAAGAAAGUCAACGUAUGAUUAUUCAAUAUACAAUUAUAUCAUAUGAACCAACUGAAAUCAUGUGGAAGAAAUUAACUGAUCAAGGUUAUCAACCACUUUCAUCGGCAUUUACUGUCGAACCUAAUCGGCUUGUUCUUCAACAUGCGACACCUAAUGAUGCCGGUGUUUAUCAGAUUACUGUUCGUAAUUCAUAUGGCGAAGCUCACGAAGAACUGCGUAUCAAUGUGGAAUCACAACAUUAUGAACAUGUUACAGAACCUUAUUACCAUCAACAGCAGCAGCAGCAAGUUCGCGUCACUGUUCAUCCAAACGAGGCCACCGUUGGAGUUAAUGAAAAAGCAAAACUUACUUGUUAUGUUCAAGGUACUCAACAAUAUCGAGUGACAUGGAGUCGAUAUGCAUAUGACACAAGUCUUCCCGAUUAUGUUCGUCAACAAGACAAUAGUGUUAUAAUCACACCGACGACGAAUACACCUAGUGAAAAAUUAAACUUGCAGUGCCAAGUUGAUUUACCAGGUCAAGUUGGAAGUCAUCGUGUUUAUGCCUCAGUCAAUGUUUAUGGUAGAGGAAACAAAAAGAAAUGA